ACAGGAAACCCAACGAGAAAAAAUAUUUCAAAAUGGCGGAAAAUAUGAGUUCCGAGCAACUCCUCGAGCAAGCGAAAAGCGUUUGGAGUAUGCUUGAUGACUUGUCCGAGACGGACCCCGAGGCAUACAAGAGGUUCAUUGACCAGCAAGUGAAGGGUGCCAAGGAAGACAUGGAGCAAUUGCAACCUCCUCAACCGAGCUUCUGCAUCACCACAUUCAAGCUUCCAGAAGUCAUACCAUACAAGGUGUAUAUCAAUGUCUGUAGCUGGGACAGGGUGCCGGCACCUGAGAGUGAGAAGGACCCGAUUCCCAUCAUGACAGGCCAACUACAGGAACACCAGGAGAAAGGAAAGCCAUAUGCUACCAUUGAUGCAAUAUUUAACACCACAACCUUACAGCAGAUAGAAUACAAGCAAGACCACAGAAACUUGCUAGUCCACCUGGCAUUAGAUUACCUCGAGGCACAUAAACAAAUCUCUGUCUCCCGUAACUACAAGAAUUUGAAAAUCAAAUACAAAGGAAACGCUGACGACCUUAAAAAGUACCUGUAUCCUAGGGCGAAGGGUGGUAAUGAGGAACCAAAGGGGAUUGGUACUAAUCCAGGAAAUAUAUCAAAGGACUCUCUUCUUUCACAGCUUUCAUCAAUUGCAGUUUCUGAAACUGUUGAGGAUCUAGGACUUAGUUUAUUGGGAAAUUCUAGCAAGCAAGGCAAGAGAAAUCUUAUCCAAGAGAUUUCUUCAUCUGCUGUGAGGUCGCAAGAGAUUGUGCCAGUAUAUAAUGUAGCUGUUAAGAAUUCCAGUGAAGGCAGACCUCGCCGAUUGGUUGUAACAGUUGAGUUGCCAGGAGUAUUGUCUGUUGCAGAUUGUGAUCUGGAGAUAUCAGAGGUUGAUCUGCAGCUGAGUGUCCCCUCUCUCUACAAUUUGGAAUUAAAUUUCCCUGAGCCAGUAAAGGAUGAGGAAACAAGUGCUACAUUCAACAAAUCCAAACACAAAUUAACAAUCAAAAUUCCAACAAGAGUGGGAGACAGCUAACAUCAACUCACAAAUUUCUGACAGAAUCCUGGCAUUGAUAUUUAACUACAGUACUUUCGUUAUUUUUUUUUUUUACUGUAAUCAGUGAUAACUUUUGGUUUCAGGGGAAUCAUUUUUGGAUUAAAUAUGCAAUUGUAACGAUGUAAAUUAUGUGAAAGAUUGGCAGUUUGCUGUGUAAUUUGAUUCAUAUUUAUUUUGGAAACACAUCAUGUAUACAAUGUGUACAUCGUCUCCUUCACUAGUCAUAAAGCUUUUCCAUGUCUUUAUUUGGAAAAUUAUAUGAUACCAGGGGUACUCUAAAGUAGAAGUUGUGCCUGAAGAAAUGUUUCAAGAAUCAAAAUUGUUUUUUCUCACCCACUUGAAAUCGGCACUGAUAGCCCCUCCCAUCGCCCUGGUCUGAUGUACUAUAGCGGUGCCCAAUGGUACCUGCCAUUGCAGAUUUCACUUGUUAGCAGAUAUUUACACUAGCCAACAAAAAUAUACUUCUGCACACAAUUUAGGGUUAUUCCAAGGCGCUCUAAAAACAACAGCCUUGUUUGAAAAAAAUAGUAGUCACUUGUUAAUGUACUGUAACCAUCCUUCUGAACAGGUAUUUAGUAGAAAAUUAUUGUUGGAUGUCCUACAGAUAGUCCCACUAUUUUUAAACGACACCUCCCAAGGGUGUCUUCUGACGAGAUGGUUUCCCUAAUAAAUAGAUGUGCUUAUGUGUUAUUUGACAAGCUUUUGUUCUUCAGAAAAGCAUUUUGCACCAUGUUCCUGUGUGCUAUAAAUCCACUAUUUACAGAUAUCCUAGGUGGGUUUGUAACCAGGAUAUUUGCCUAGGGGGAGAGGGGUGCACAACAGAUACCAUAAACUACAGUCUAAUUUUGCUAUUUGUCAAGAUUACUUUCUUUGCAUUUGAGGGGUUGGCCCAGCCUUACUAGAACAGGCGCGUACACAGGGGGGGAAACCCCCUUUGGUGGCCAAAAAGUGGGUUAUUUUCUAUUAAGGAAUCUUCAAAUACCUUCCAUAUAAUAUCUAUGACUGCGCACUCCCCUCGGCCAGUCAUGGGAAGACGCCUGUAGAAAGCGUCUGCUAGGGAUCGUAAUUCAGGGUUAUAAUAGGGGGAGUCCUUUUAAUUGUUUUUUUCUUUGUAUUUCGUUUCUUGUCUUUCACUAGCAGAAAGGUGUUGGCAAUAAUAUGGCAAUAGUUGUAACUGUAUUACGCAAAGCCCACUAUAAAACCUAUCACAAUCCAUAAAUCGUUCAAGUUUGUUUUCUUUUUACACUUCCUGACAAGGUUUCUAGGGCUACUAUGUAUAAGAUUUACAUGUCUAGACUCCUAAAUUAAAUAUUAAAUUGGUUGAUAUGCUGUACAACACAAAACAACUCUCACAGUCUCCAACAACUUAUACGACGAAGACCACUUCAAGUGUUCUGUAUAAAAAUAAACAGUCCAUGGACACACUA